AAUUGUUUCUUAUUUGAAAUUUUUAUUAUUUCAAUAAAAAUAUAGGUCAUGGAAAUAACAUUUUUAAAGUUUAUUAAAUCGAUAAAUAAUUUCGAUGACUCGAUAUUCAUUUAGUCGGUGUAUCGAUAUCUUUGCGAUAUUCAAUCUAACGCUAUAUCAGCAAAAUGACGGGAAAGUUCAGUGAAAUGUUUGCAAUAGAUUUACAUAGCUGACAUUGAAAUAAUUUGUAUAUAAUGUUGUGCAAUAUACAACUUUGAUAUGACAUAAGAACAAGCAGAGAUGCAAGACAUUUGCGAAAAUAUUCGUACAGCUAUUGAACAUGGACGUACAGAUAUAAUUAGAUCUCUUUUGGAUGCAUGUGAAAAUGGUAAUACAACUGAAGGUAUAACAAAAGAAAAAAUUCUAAAUCAACCACUUUUAGAAGAAGGUACUUUCCUUUCAUAUGCUUCAAAGGCAAAUCAACCAGAUAUAGUAAGAACAUUGUUAAGUUGUGGUGCUAAUCCAGCUAUUCAAAAUACUAAUGGACAUAAUGCUGUAGAUGUUGCAUCAAGUGAUAUAAUACGUCGUACUUACAUUGAAGAAUUGUUAAGAGCAACUGCUGCAUCUGAGUUAGACAGAGUAUUGCAAUUAUUAGAUGCUGGAUUAAAUGUAAAUUCAUGGGAUUCCCAUGGUAGUAAAAACACACCUUUGCAUUGGGCAGCUUGUUAUGGAAAUAAAGAUAUUGUUACAUGUUUAAUUGAUAGGGGUGCAGAUGUAAAUGCUGUUAAUGGCUGUGGUGCUACACCAUUACAUGAUGCUGUAAAUCGUGGUGAUGUUACUAUUUGUCAAGAAUUAUUACAAGCUGGUGCAAAUCCUCUUAUACGAGCGAUUAAAGGAACUUUUGCAGGAAAAACUCCAUAUGAUCUUUCUAGAGGAAAACAAUCUUUACACUGUUUUCUUCAAAGAUUUCUAUCAAACUUUAUAUCGAACGAGAGUGAAACAAUGCAUAGUCCAACUACAACAUUUACAGAAGGAAACUUUUGUCAAAAAAGUAUUUCAAGUAACAUGAGUCAACUUUCAAUAGAAUCUAAUAAAUCAUUAGAUCCAGUUUAUGAUGUACCAUUGCGUGAAUCAGGCAAAGAAAGUCCAAUUAAGACUACAGAAAAAGGUAGACUUUAUAGUUUACUUUGGCCACAACCAAAAACCAUUGUUGAAUUAAAAAAUUUUUCUACACCUUUUAUUGCUGGAAAAGAGCUUUUUAUAUCUAUAAUACAGGGUAGUGAAUCCAUACAUAGAAUAUUAGAUGUUUGGGAAAUUAGCAGAACUCAUUUAUUAGAAUUAGGCUAUGAUGUUAAAAUUGGUGAAGUACAUCCUAGUUCUGGUAAAUUACUUAAUGAUAAUCGAAUUGAAUGUAUAGUAAAUAAAAAAUUAUUUAAUACAUCUGAAGGAUAUCAAUUACAUAUUUCACAAAAUACUAUUAAAGUUGGUGCUGGAAGUUUAGCUGGAUUACAUUAUGCAGUUUGUACUUUUGUACAAAUUUUGCGAUUAAGUAAAAAUCAUAAUAAAUCAGAAGCAUGUGAAAUUGAACCUGUUUUUAUAAAAGAUGAACCAAGAUUUAUGCAUCGUGGUAUAUUGUUAGAUAUUUCACCUAGAGGACGUAUACCUACAUUAGAAUAUUUGCUUCAUAUGAUCGAUUUAUGGUCGUCCUUUAAAAUAUCUUAUUUGCAUUUAUAUUCAAGACUUACACCAAAUUGCGAUUGGCAAUUAUGUUAUUCAAAAUCAGAAAUGGUUACUCUUGAUCGUUAUUGCAGAGAUCGACAUUUAGAUUUAGUUCCAACUUUGGAUGUUGAUUCUAAUGUAGGACAGCAUCAUUUAUCACAAAUGUGGCCUAUAUUUCAAGAAUUAUUAGCAGUAUUUCCCAGUUUAACUUAUGUUCAUGUUGGACCUAGAUUGGCUAAUUUACUUGUUCAAGCCGAAAAUUUCGAUUUGAAUUUGUCAAUUAAUGAAACUAUAGAAACAGAUAUGUCAGAAGUAUUUAAAUCAUAUUCUUGUCUUCAAGAACUUUGGCAUAUUUUAAAUUUAAAUCCAAAUACAACUUUAUUGCUUUGUUCUAAUGGAUUACAUUCUAAAGCAGAAUUUCAUAAUAUACCUAGCAAUAUUAUUCUUGUUGAAUAUGGAUUUCAGGCUGAUUAUGAUUUUUCUGAAUGGACAGAAGCAUUUAGAAUAGCAGGUGGUAAUGUAUUACCCAGUUCUGGAACAGCAAGUUAUAACAGUUUAGCAGGAUGUCCAGCAUCAACAUAUGCAAAUACAAAAAAUGCAAUAAAAACUUCUCUUGAACAAGAUUCAGUAGGUAUAGUUGUAGCUCAUUGGUCUGGAAGUCAUCAUCUUACACCUCAUCCUUUUGCAUGGAUUGGAUAUUUAAUAGCAGCAGGAUUAGCAUGGAACCCAGUUAGUGAAAUAGAUAUAGGAAUUGAUGAUAAUUAUGAAAUAUCUGAAAUAUCAAGACAAAAAUGUAUCACAAAAUUAUUAGAUAUUCAUGUUUUUCAAGAUUCUGAAUAUAAAAUUGGUAAUGCAAUAUUAGAAUUAGGACGAUUAGAUACUUUAGUACUUACCUUAAGUAAAAAUCAAGGAACAAAAGAUUUACAACAAAUUCCUGAUAAUCGAGGAUCAACAUUAUAUAGAUUAUUAACAGAUCCAGAUAAUGUAAAUUUAGAAUAUCUUUCAGCUGAUUUAUUUGCAAAAGUAACAAAACAAGUUAAACGUAUUUCACAUUCAUUAUAUGAAGGAAAUCUAUCGUCAAAAUUUGCGUCGAUGGAAAUACAAGAACUUCAAUUAACCGCUGAUUUAAUGUUGACAGCAUGCAAAAUUGGCAGAACAUUGAUUGGUGUUGGUGUUAAUCCUAAUAGUAAUAUGGGUCUUGCAGUGAUUAAUUUAGGAAUAUGUAAUCUACCACCUACAUUUAGAACAGAUGUAGCAAAUAAAAUGUUGGCUCAUAUAGAACAAUAUAAAGGUUCGUGGUUGCAAAGGCAUUUACCUCAGGGCCUUCAAAGCUCUUUACUAGUCUUAACUAGUGCUUUACAUAGGUUUGUGCCAGAAACAUAAUUUUUUGAGCUUUGAAAGCAUAAAAUAAAAGACUACAUAUAAGCAUAUAAAAUUAAAUAUUAAUUUUCUGCUAUACAAGACUGCAGAUAAGUAACUAUGUAUAUGCUAUGUUAAAAA